AUGACUGAAAGAACUCCCGAUUAUGAUACAAGAAAUAAUUCGCGCCUAAUUAAUUUUCUUCUCUCUGGUAUUGAUGGGGGGUUCGUUAAGAAAGCCCCCCUUUGUAGCCCUGACGAUUAUUCAACCCUUACCACUAAAUCAGCAGCAUUAGGUCAAUUUCCUCUUUUCAACAGAAAGUUUUCAAUUGUCAACGGUAUUAUAUCAGUUUUAUGCGGAGGAGUUGGAGUUUACAGCAUUGUUAGUUCAAUAGUUUUCGAUACCAGUUUGGCUAUCACUAUACCUGUAGGAAUAGUGUCAUUUGCAUUUUGCGCUCUGUUUGGUUCAACACUCAUAUUUUCUUCUGGCGCCCAACAUCGCUAUGUCCUUGUUGAACUGGAUUGCAGCAGUGGUGGAGAAGAUCACUCAGUACUUUACGAUUGCAUAACUAAACAGAAAAGACGCAGAUUUGGAACUUACACUAAUGUAAAAUGCCAAGUUCUACAGUCCUGCCAAGACAGAAACCCAUACAGUGAGAUUGAGAAGGCAUUCGAAGAAAUGCCUGGUAAACUUGGCUCUCCAUACAAUCCUUUCGCUUAUAACUGCAAAGAUUGGGCAGAUGACCUGUUCGCCAAGAUCUCAAAUAUUGAGAACUGA